UUAAAGAAUCAGCGAAGUAUUCAAAACCUCAUGUAAACCUCCAUCGAUGGCAACCAAAAACAAAAUCUCGUCCUUACUACAAACCCUAAUCUCUUCCUUCUCAAACCAUUAUCCUAGUAACUCCUCUCUUCAAAACCUCACAAAUCCUAAUUACAACUAUCAAUCCUCAUCACCAUUCUCAACUUCAUUUCUCCGAACAAAAUCACCAUUUAAGAAAAAAAGAAAGAAGAAAGACACACCUAGAACUAAAUCAGUCCAACAUGAAUCACACCAAAUCCAACAUUUCGAACAAAUCGUUCAAAGAGAUAUUAAUUUUCGGUUCUUAACCCGAAGUAAAGAAUAUCUAUCUAAGCAACCACAGCACAUUAUUCGUCUGGAUGAUGCAGGUAAACUUUAUCGUGAACUAGGGUUUCCUAGGGGUAGAAAAGUUAAUAAAUCAAUUGAUAAACAUCCUUUACUCUAUGAAAUUUAUAGACAUGUCGAUAAUAAAAUUUGGUUUGGGUUUACUGAUUUAAUGGAAGAUUUGAUUGAUGAAGAGAAAAGAAUUAUGGAUUUAAUGGAGAAAGACAGGGUUAUUAAAGUAAUUAAGUUGCUAAUGAUUUCAGCUGAUAAAAGAAUCCCAUUAAGUAAGAUUUAUCAUUGUAGAUUAUUAUUUGGUAUUCCUGAAGAUUUUAGAGAUAGAGUUGAUAAGUAUAGUGAUUAUUUUAGAAUUGUUGUUGAAGAGGAUGGGAAAAGAAUUCUUGAAUUAGUUAAAUGGGAUUCGUCGUUAGCUGUUAGUGAAUUAGAAAGGGAAUACACGUUAGAUGAAGAUAAAGUUAAGAAAACUUUUAAAUUUCCUGUGAAAAAUGUGAAAAAUUUGGAUUUAGAUGAGGGUGAUGAAUGGAAGUUGAAUAUGUUGAAUACGCUUCCGCUUGUUUCACCGUAUUCAGAUGGGAAGGAGUUGAAACUAUGGUCUUUAGAAGCUGAGAAAUAUAGAGUUGGGGUUAUACAUGAGUUUUUGAACUUGACACUGGAGAAGAAAGCUUCAAUUCAUCAUAUUGUUGAGUUUAAGGAGGAAUUAUCUCUUACUAAACAUACUUAUGAGAUGCUGAAGAAGCAGCCGAAAGCGUUUUAUCUUGCGGGUACAGAGAUGAAUUGGGUUAUUUUCUUGAAAGAUGGUUAUGGUGAUGACGGGGUUUUGAUCAACAAAGAUCCACAAGUGGUUUUCAAUGAGAAGUUAUAUAGAUAUGCGCAAAACAAAGUAACUGGGGAUGAUAUUUAGGUUCGAGAUUGAAUGUCUGGGUGCUCUUUCUUUUGAUCUGAAGGUGAGUAUCCAAUUAGUGAGGGCAGAUUGAGGAUUUAGUUUAUGGUGAUAAAAGCUAUCAUUAUGGUCAUACAUGAAAGAUAUGGAGGUGGUUUUGGUAUUGAAGAUUUAUCGUAUGUCAUGGAUCAAAUUUUUAAAUUUGGUUCUGAUGAAUGAAAGCAGAUAGAUACAGUGUUGGUUAAUGGCUAGUGGAAUUUUCAUUUCCUGCAUGCGCGUUGUUGGGAACGAGAUCAAGUGAACCGACAAUGGGUUGGGCUUAAGUUGGUCAGACUUCUUUCUGCCGCGAUGGUUCUUGAAGGCGUAAUUGUCUUUGCUUUAUUGAUUCCAAGAGCGUGAAUGGUCUCUCAGUGCUCUAUUCUCAAUUGGUCUAUUGCUUCUCUUCGGUGAGCUAGCACCUGCAAUUUCCUUGUGUCCCCAGUUUGCUAGCGAUCUUACGGCAGUAUCUACAGUUCCAUUUUAUAGCUAUGAUGAUGUUCUUUCUUCACAAUUGCUGGGCACCUUCAGAAUCACAUCAACAGCUGGUAGACACGACACUUAUCCUCUUGUCCGUCUUUUUGAUUGCAUUCCGAAAAAUUAAGAACUCUAAGAUGAGUGCAUGCUUGCCACUUCGUUCCAUCUUAAUGUUCAUCCAAAAAUGUGAAAUUUAGAUGUUACUGCUCGCCCAGUAAUUACCUUAUAAAAAAGAAGUACUGAUUCAUGUCAGACAUUUAAACAUGACUUUAUCUUUUCUUUUUGUCGGUAGUAUAAGGUAUACAGAGCUCCUUUAGAUCAGAAAAUACAUCAAGGAUAUGAGCUCUAACGGAUAAGGAUGCCGUUGUUGUUGCCCGGUUCACAUUUUUGUUUGAUAAAUUCAGGCAAAAAAGUAAAUUGUCUGAGCUGUGUAACUUGGUGUGUCUCUCUGUUCAGUAAUUUUUCUUUGCGGUGCAAUGAUGCUUUGGGGAGGUAUAGUUGCACAUACAUAUCCCUGAACAGCAACUUAUGUUAUAGGUCAGUCUAUUAACCUGUGGGAGAAAUUUGUACAAGGAAUGCCAUUAUAUUAACUAUGAUCUAUCAUUUUAGAUUGGUA